AUGACAUCCCCAACCCAGCGCCGCCAUCGCGGCUCGACUACCGACGAGCGUGGCGUGUUCGACGAUGCCAAAACCUAUUACACCUCAGAUGACCGCCACGCCAACCGAGCUGGUCCGCGAACGAGAACAUAUUCUCAGAACAGCUUGUUCAAGCAAUUCGAGCGUGUGGGACUUAGAGAACCCUUCCGUCGUGGCAGUCAUGACGAAGUUUCCAGUUCCAACCGAAAGUUUCUCAUUUCAGUCGACGAGACCCUGGAGAGUCUGCAAGCUCAGGAGGAUACCGACGGUAACAUGCAGAUUACCAUUGAGGACAAUGGCCCCAAGGUUCUUUCGCUGAGAACGGCCGCUUCCGCCGGCCACAACCGAUUCGAUGUCCGAGGAACAUACAUGCUCUCCAAUCUCCUGCAAGAGUUGUCGCUCGCCAAGGAAUAUGGCCGCAAGCAGAUCAUUCUCGACGAGGGUCGGUUGAACGAGAACCCCGUGAACCGCCUCUCUCGUCUCAUCCGGGAUCACUUCUGGGAGGGAUUGACCAGAAGAAUCGACGCUUCGAGUGUCGAAAUUGCUGCCAAAGAUCCCAAGGACUGGACAGACGAUCCGCGUCCGCGCAUCUACGUCCCUGUUGGCGCCCCGGAGCAGCUCGAGUUUUACACUAAGGUUGCGAAGGAGAGGCCUGAGAUUCGCCUGGACGUCCAGCAGCUUCCCGAGGUUAUCACCCCGGAGCUUGUUCGAGACAUGAACGCCAAGCCCGGACUCCUCGCUGUUGAGAUGGAGAAGAUCAAGGAUCCUGUGACGGGCGAGGAUACCCUGAGAGGUCUCCCCUUCGUCGUUCCUGGCGGACGUUUCAAUGAGCUUUACGGCUGGGACAGUUACAUGGAGUCUCUGGGACUCCUGGUUAACGACAAGGUUCAUUUGGCCAAGUCCAUGGUGCAAAACUUCUGCUUCUGCAUCCGUCACUACGGCAAGAUCCUCAACGCUACCCGAUCGUACUACCUUUGCCGCUCUCAGCCUCCUUUCCUCACCGACAUGGCUCUCCGGGUUUACGAGAAGAUCAAGCACGAGCCUGAUGCCCAGGAGUUCUUGCGCACAUCCAUUUUGGCCGCCAUCAAGGAGUACCACAGCGUCUGGGUUUCGGAGCCACGCCUGGAUCCGGUCACGGGUCUUUCUCGUUACAGACCUGAGGGAUUGGGUGUUCCCCCCGAGACCGAGGCCGAUCACUUUGUCCACGUCCUCGAGCCGUAUGCAGAGAAGCACGGUAUUAGCUGGACGGAGUUCGUGCAGGCUUACAACAAGGGCGAAAUCAAGGAGCCUGAGCUGGAUGAUUACUUCUUGCACGACCGUGCCGUUCGCGAGUCUGGCCACGACACAUCCUACAGGCUCGAAAGGGUUUGUGCCGACCUUGCAACUAUCGACUUGAACUCGCUGCUUUUCAAGUAUGAGACAGACAUCGCCCGUAUCAUCCGUACUGUCUUCAACGACAAGCUCGUCAUUCCCGCAGAAUUCGCUGUCGGACCUCUGAAGGCUGGUGAAGUGGUCACUUCUGCCAUCUGGGACCGCCGUGCAAAGCGCAGAAAGCUUGCCAUCGACAAGUAUCUCUGGAACGAGGAAGCGGGCAUGUACUUCGAUUACGACACUGCUAAAAAGCAGCAGUGUACAUACGAAAGCUGCACGACCUUCUGGGCCCUUUGGGCAGGUGUUGCGAACCCCAAGCAAGCCGCAGACAUGGUCACGAAGGCCCUGCCGAAAUUCGAGGCUCUGGGUGGUCUGUUGUCUGGAACGGAGAAGUCCCGUGGUGAAGUCAGUUUGGAGAGACCCAACCGCCAAUGGGAUUACCCAUAUGGUUGGGCUCCCCAGCAAAUGCUGGCCUGGACCGGCUUGGUGCGAUACAGCUUCACGGAGGAGGCAGAGCGUCUGGCUUACAAGUGGCUGUUCAUGAUGACGAAGGCGUUCGUCGACUACAACGGUGUAGUUGUUGAGAAGUACGACGUUACUCGACCCAUCGAUCCGCACAGAGUUGAUGCCGAGUACGGAAACCAAGGUCUUGACUUUAAGGGAGUCGCCAAGGAAGGAUUCGGAUGGGUUAACGCGAGCUACGUCUAUGGUCUGCAAAUUGUCAACGCUCACAUGCGACGUGCUCUGGGCACUCUGACCCCUUACGAGACAUUCGUCAAGGCCAUCGAGCUAAACAACGAGAAGUCCCUCGCGGAGCUUUCCUAA